AUGAAAUUCUCACAGAUCCUCACUGGCUUCGUUGCCGCACAUGUAAUUAGCGCCGCAUCGAUACCCGAAUCAAACGCCCUCAAUGUUCUCGAAGAGCGACGAGUCGUCCCCCCCUCUGAGCUUGUUUCACCGGACCAUACACUAGAGCGUCGCAAAGGAGGCGGCGGACGAGGAGGAGGAAGCGGCGGUGGAGGCAGCGGCGGUGGACGCUCAGGCGGAGGCGGCGGUGCCCCAGGACGUACAUCACCGACCUCAAAUGCAGGCGGUGCGACGAGCGCAGGCUCAGGCCGACCGCGUACCUUCGCUGGCGGACGAUACUACGGCGGUGGUGCCGCCACACCCUACACUGCUGGUUCGCGAACACCCAAGGGACUCAUCGCCGGUGCCUUGAUCCUACCCGCUACCAUGCUGCUCAUCAUGCCCGGUCUGUGGCUCUACAGCACCUAUCCUUACCACUACAACAAUCCCUACCGAUUCUACAACCAAUCUGCUACCAACGACGAUGACGACAACAACAACAACGACCGCCGCGCACUAUGGACCCGUCAAACACAGGGCCGCAACGAGACUCUUCCUGUCAUGUGCGUGUGCGAGGAAGACUUUGUCUGUGGCUGUGACGAGAAUGAUGACCAACAAUACAUUAACGACCUUGUUGGCAACGGCAGCUAUGCUGCGCUCAACAAGACUCUCGUCACUGUUUCUGAUGUCAACGGUACCAAGACUCUUGUUCUCAACGGCACUCUUGAGAAGGGUACAACUGCGCCUGGUGGCUCUGAUGAGGACAGCGCAGCUAUCAACUUGACAGUUGGAAAGUACGCUGGAUACUAUGCAGUUGGCAUGAUGGUGUUGGCUGGUGUCUUCAUGUAA